CUGUAUGUGCAUUGAUAAAUAGAGACAGAGACACUCCAACCCCACCACAACAUCCUUCUUUACCCUGAACGAGAGAACCUCGGCUAAACCAUGAGGGUGCUUAACCUGGGUCCGGAUCCGUCUCUGGCAUAUCGCCCUGAUUAUCUUCAGAAAGAUAAAGAGGAGUUCAGGAACUUUGAGAGUGGAGAUCUCUAUGAUCGUGUGUUUAACACAUACAAGCUGAUGCACACGUACCAAACGCUGGACUUUGUCAAAAAGAAGCACCUGGAGUGGGCAAACUGUAAUCGUUUCAGAAUGACAAUGAUGGACAGCAUCAAUUCCCUGGAUGAACUUGUCGAUGAAUCCGACCCGGACGUCGACUUCCCAAACUCUUUCCAUGCAUUCCAGACCGCCGAGGGCAUCCGCAGAGAGCAUCCAGAUAAAGAUUGGUUCCAGCUAGUCGGUUUAAUCCAUGACGUUGGAAAAAUCAUGGCUCUGUACGGAGAGCCACAGUGGGCAGUAGUUGGAGACACGUUUCCAGUUGGAUGCAAGUUUCAAAAUUCAAUAGUGUUUAGAAACUCAAGUUUUGAAGACAAUCCAGAUGAGAGGAACCACGCGCUCAACACAGAUUUCGGGAUUUAUAAACCACAAUGCGGUUUGGAUAAUGUCCUGAUGUCUUGGGGACAUGAUGAGUAUUUGUACAGAGUAAUGAAGUUCAACAAAUGCACCAUACCUGAGGAGGGAUUAUCCAUGAUCCGUUUCCACUCCUUUUACCCGUGGCAUUGUAAUGGAGACUACAUGCACCUGUGCAACGAUAAAGAUCUGCAAAUGCUGCCCUGGGUGAAAGAGUUUAACAAAUUUGAUUUGUACACGAAGAGCACAGAGUUGCCGGAUGUGGAGAGACUAAAGCCGUAUUAUCAGUCACUCAUUGAUAAAUAUUGUCCUGGGUUACUGCAGUGGUGAACAUUUGUAAUGUAUCAUUUAACCUUUUAUAUAAUAUCCAUGUAAUACAGUGGCGGAUCUAGACCAUUUCAACUGGGGGGGGCCAGUUGUACUGUUAGAGGGGCCAGUUACAUUUAGACCUUAUUCUUGUCAUAUUAUUUUCUGCAUUGCACUGCAAAAAAUGAUUUUCAAGGAAAAAAAAUCUUAGUGUUUUUGUCUUGUUUUCAGUAAUAAUAUCUAAAAAUUAAGUCUAGUAAUAUGUCUAGUUUUUAGACAAAAUGUAUCAAAUUUAAGUGAUUUUGCGCAUAAAACAAGCAAAAAAUCUGCCAAUGGGGUAAGAAAAAAAUCGUACAUUUUUUUCUUAAACCCUAAAUACAUGUUUUAUGCAUAAAAUCACUUAAAUUUGAUAUUUUUGGUCUAAAAACUAGACUUAUUUUCUUGGGUCGUUUUGCUCAUCAAGAAAAAGCUAUUUCAUUUAAGAUUUUUUUUUAUAUUUUUACUAAAAAAACAAGACAAAAAUACUAAGAUUAGUUUUUCUUAAAAAUAAUUUUUUGCAGGGUGCACUAAAGACAUUAACAGGCCAAAAACCAUGUUUAUGCUACUGUCUAAUUACGGAAAAAAACAACGAUCGCAAAAAAAAUGUAAAAAUAAUUUCACACCCCACAUUUAGGGGGGCCACAAGGGGGUCCAAGCUUGUUGUCGCAGGGGCACUGGCCCCCGCUGGCCCCUCCCUAGAACCGCCACUGCUGUAAAACACAUACAUUUGUAAUAGCCUGCACUUAGUAUAUUUUCUGUUAUAUAUUGUAAUAAAAUAUCUAUAGGAUCUUUUAGGCAAGCUAUUAAAAAUAUACAUUUAAAACAUUAUGGUUUAAUUUUGCAUAAACACCACCUCACCAAUAAAGUUUAAAUGGGAUUAUUUCUCAUACAAAUGCAAAAUGUUAUAUUACAGCCUUAAAAAACACUUAAGAAAUCACAUUAUAAAUACAUGAUUGAUGUAUAGACUGAAAAUUUAAUAAAUUGCUUUGUUUCUUUUGAAAUAAGGGCAUGUG